CGGAAUCGACAAAGCAAGAAUACGAAAGCGAGAAUCGAAAACACAGACACACGAUUUACGUGGUUCACUAACACGAUGUGUGUUAGCUACGUCCACGGGCGAGAGAUAGCCAAUUUCACUAUAUCGAGGAGAUUACAGAUUACAGAGAAGUAUGAGAAGUAUUUAUAGUACUUCUCCAUGUGGGUCUAAACCUAAUCCAAUCUGGCAAAGGAAAUGGUUACAGACCAGGCCCAGAACCCGAACCCAAAGGAAAUGAUCAGCGAGACCCCCGAUUACCGGUCGUAGCGGCUGAUAAUCCGAUUCAAGUCAUAUCAACCACUGUCAUCAUCAUAAAGAACUAGAGCCCAACCUUGUGGUCUCCUCAAUUCUUUCACGGGCUUCCAGUUAGCAUAAGAAAUGCGUAGUUAAGAUGAUCCAGAACCAUAUACAACCUAAUAUUUGUACAUUCUUUCCACAGACCUACAGCAACUGCAACCAUACACGACGAAAGACCGUUGUCCUUUCCCUCCCAUCACAUAGCUCAAUCAUCCACACCCUGCUUUCAGUUUCAGGCAACAAGACAACUGAUGUCCCCUUCCCCGUCGUACUCUGCUUACCUUUGCCCUUGCGUCACCCAUGAGACUAGCACCUCAUUUUAUCACCUUCAAGAGUUGCAGGUUUCAUCACUCAGAUCCAGCACUCAAACAUCAUUCUUCUCCAUCGCUAACCCACAACAAUGGCUUCCACCACUAAAACCCAGCAACUUCACUUCCUUCUGUUCCCAUACAUGGCGCAAGGCCACAUGAUCCCCAUGGUCGACAUCGCCAAGCUCCUCGCAUCCCGCCCCGAUGUCGUCGUCACGAUCGUGACGACUCCAGUCAACGCCGCGAGAUUCAAGUCCCCGCUCGACAGGGCAAUCAACGAGCUCCGCCUCCCAAUCAGCGUCAUCUCCCUGCGGCUCCCCUGUUCUGAGGCAGGGCUCCCCGAAAACUGCGAGAAUGUCGACCUGCUCCCUUCCAUCACCUCCCUCAUCGACAUAUACCGCGCCGCGGCGUUAAUGGAGCCACAGGUGGAAACCCUCUUCGAAACCCUGAGCCCACCGCCCAGCUGCAUCAUCUCCGAUUUCUGCCUUCCUUACACGAACCGGAUAGCGAAGAAGUUCGAUGUGCCGCGGAUCAGCUUCCACGGGUUCAGCUGCUUCUGCCUCCUCUGCCUCCGUUGCGUGACUUUCCACGGGGACGAAUUCGAAGCGAUGUCCGAGCACGAAUACUUCGAGCUCCCGGGGUUUCCGGGUGGAAUCGAGAUCACCAGAGCGCAGCUCCCGUUACAGUACAAGAAUCUAGUGAGCGAUUCGACCGAGAAAGGGAAUUUGGAUGAUGUGAGCCAGGCGGAAUCGGAUGCUUACGGGUUCAUUGUGAACACGUUCGAGGAACUGGAGGCAGAGUACCUGGAAGAACUCAAGGUGGCGAAGCAGGGGAGGGUUUGGUGCGUUGGGCCCGUUUCGCUGACGAAUUGUUUCGAAUUGGAUAAAUUAGAGAGAGGGAACUCCUCCGUCUCGUCAUCCUUGUCUUCAUCAGCUCGUGUCCACCAAUGUCUGAGUUGGUUGGAUGGCAAGGAACAAAGUUCCGUGAUUUAUGUCUGCUUGGGCUCCAUAUGCAACCUCUCGUCACCACAGCUUAUGGAGCUUGCUUUGGGGCUCGAGGCGUCAGACAAGACGUUUCUGUGGGUUGUUAGGGAGAUUGAGAAGACGAAGGAGCUUUUUCAAUGGAUGGAGGAAGAGAAAUUUGAGGAGAGAGUUUCUUCGAAGGGCAUGGUGAUACGAGGAUGGGCGCCCCAGGUAAUGAUCUUAUCUCAUCGUUCGAUUGGAGGGUUCCUAACACAUUGCGGAUGGAAUUCUUCCUUAGAAGGGAUUAGUGCCGGGGUCCCACUGGUAACCUGGCCUCUAUUCGGCGAUCAGUUCUGCAACGAGAAGCUGAUUGUCGAGGUGGUGAAAAUUGGGGUGAAAGUUGGAGCAUGGCGUCCCACAUACUGGAAUGGAAACGAGACGGAAGAAGUGUUCGUGAAGAGGGAGCAAGUGGCGCGGGCAGUGAGAUUGGUGAUGGAUGGUGGAGAGGAAGGAGAAGCAAGAAGGACAAGAGCAAAAGAGCUCGCCGAGAGGGCGAAACGAGCUGUGGGAAAUGGAGGAUCUUCUCACACGAAUGUUACCACGUUGAUUGAAGAUAUCAUCAAACAUCAAGAACAGAGGAAACAGUAGGGGAGGAAUUGAAUUAGUGUUUAUUCAAAAUUUGUUGGCAGAACAAAAAGAUCAAAGAACAAAAAUGUGGGAAUCUG